GCUGCGGGCGCGGCGGGCUCGGCCACAGGUAACCUGCGGGAGUCGGGAGCGCAGCGGGGCGUGCAGGCGGCUGGAGGCGGCGGCGCUGGGCUGCGCCGAGGCCCAGGGGCCGCCGUGCCAGCGGGAGCUGGUCCCAUCGUCUGCCCUCGCUCCCUACCCUGUGGCGUGCAUCUGUCCCUGCGGCGCGGACCUCCGGCGCGGGAGAGAAAGGUCCUGAAGAUGGCAUAGUAAAAAAGGUAACUUCCAAUGAUCGUGAACAUCCGUACCCGUGGGUGCCAGCCCAGGCCAGUGGCUUCGUGUUGAGCCAAAGGAACUUGUCCACCGUAUUGCCGAAAACCUCUUUCUCUCCUAAUUCAUGAGCCAGCAGGAUGCGGUCGCUGCGCUUUCAGAACGCCUUCUCAUAGCUGCGUACAAAGGCCAAACAGAGAAUGUGGUUCAGCUCAUCAACAAGGGCGCCAAGGUAGCGGUUACCAAGCAUGGCCGGACCCCCUUGCAUCUUGCUGCCAAUAAAGGCCAUCUUUCUGUGGUCCAGAUCUUGCUGAAGGCUGGCUGUGACCUUGAUGUCCAGGAUGAUGGGGACCAGACCGCCUUGCACCGGGCCACAGUGGUGGGGAACACCGAGAUCAUCGCAGCGCUCAUCCAGGAGGGAUGUGCCCUGGACAGACAAGACAAGGACGGGAACACAGCCCUGCACGAAGCAUCCUGGCAUGGUUUCAGCCAGUCAGCCAAGCUGCUCGUUAAAGCAGGAGCCAACGUGCUUGCCAGGAACAAGGCGGGGAACACGGCUCUGCACCUGGCCUGCCAGAACAGCCACUCCCAGAGCACACGCGUCCUCCUGCUGGGUGGCUCCCGCGCUGACCUCAAAAAUAACGCAGGCGACACCUGUUUGCACGUUGCUGCGCGCUAUAAUCACUUGUCCAUCAUUAGGCUCCUCCUCAGUGCUUUCUGUUCUGUCCAUGAAAAGAACCAGGCUGGAGACACAGCCCUUCAUGUUGCUGCUGCCCUAAAUCACAAGAAGGUGGUUAAACUCUUACUGGAAGCUGGAGCAGAUGGGACCAUCGUCAAUAAUGCAGGCCAGACUCCGCUGGAAACCGCCCGCUGCCACAAUAACCCAGAAGUUGCUCUUCUCCUCACUAAAGCUCCCCAGGUCUUGCGCUUCAGUCGUGGGCGAAGCCUAAGGAAAAGGAGAGAGAGACUCAAGGAAGAAAGGAGGGCCCAGUCCGUGCCAAGAGAUGAGGUGGCCCAAAGCAAGGGAAGUGUCUCGGCAGGGGACAGCCCCAGCAGUGAACAGGCUGUGCUCAGAAAAGAGGAAGCCAGAGAUGAUUUCCUGUCAGCCUCCCCGGAGCCAGAGCCGAGAGCCAAGGAUGACAGGAGGAGAAAGGCAAGGCCCAAGGCAUCAGCAUUGUCUGACCCCACCCCACCAGCAGACCAACAGCCUGGACACCAGAAGAGCUCACACACUCACCACCACCCCAAGAAGAGGGGCCGGCAUCGGUGCUCAUCCCCACCACCGCCCCACGAGUUCAGGGCGUACCAGCUCUACACACUGUACCGGGGCAAGGAUGGCAAAGUGAUGCAGGCACCAAUAAAUGGUUGUCGAUGUGAACCUCUAAUUAACAAACUGGAGAAUCAGCUGGAGGCCACUGUAGAGGAGAUUAAGGCAGAGCUGGGAUCGGUACAGGAUAAAAUGAACACCAAGCUGGGGCAUAUGGAGAGUAAGACUCAGCACCAAAUGCGAGUUUUGGACAAACUGAUGGUUGAGCGACUCUCGGCAGAGAGAACAGAGUGUGUGAAUCGUCUGCAGCAGCAUUCAGAUGCGGAGAAGCACGAAGGAGAGAACGACAGGUAAAAACCAAUGUCUUUGGUGGAUGAAUUAAAAACCUGGUGUAUGUUAAAGAUUCAGAAUCUGGAGCUGAAGCUUUCUGGAGAUUCUAGGGCCUCCAGAGCUAAAUCCACACCAUCUACUUGUGAAUCCUCUACAGGUGCGGAUCAAUCAGUGGUGACUGCAGGUCCAGCAGCAGCUUCUGACAGCUCCUCUCAGGUGGUCAGGCCCAAGGAAAAGGCCCUCAGCUCCACUGCUGCUCAUAGACUCCAGCAGGAGCUGUCUUCCUCUGACUGUGCAGGCUCCCGGCUGAGGAAUGUCAAGGUCCAGACAGCCCCGCUACCCCUUAACGAAGCAGCCAGAUGUGAUCAGCAAGCUGGGCCUUGCAUUAACAGAGGCACUCAAACCAAGAAGUCUGGGAAAAGUGGGCAGACGAGGCAUCGAGCCCAGCAACCAGCACUCAGCACCCACUGUGGGCAGCUGCCACCAGCAGUAGGCAGUGAGCUGACUGCCCCUCAUGUUCGAGACACCUCCCAAGCCCUGGAGCUUACUCAGUUUUUUGAGGCUGUUUCUACCCAAAUGGAAAAAUGGUAUGAAAGGAAGAUUGAAGAAGCACGAAGCCAAGCCAAUCAGAAAGCCCAGCAAGAUAAGGCGACAUUAAAGGAACAUAAAAGUUUAGAAGAGGAACUUGCUAAACUAAGGACUAAAGUGCAGAAGGAAAGUUAGGACCUAGAAAGUAGAACAAAAGAGGAUUCUUGAGAAUUUCCAGUUUUGCAACUACAGAAUAGCCAUGCCUAAGGAGUUGAUUUUUGUGCACGUAGCAGACUUGCCUUUAAAAAACCCCACUAAUAUAUAAAGUGUGGCCAGACAUAUGCUUCCUGUGCCCUGAAGUUAUGAAGUCUUCAAUUAACCUGAAACCAGGGGAGCUUGCUUAGUGUCAUGUUACAUUAUAAACUCUAAACCUCAGUUCAGGUUCAUUUGAAGUUCAAAAGCUCAGAUUAAUCCAGCUACACUAAGAAAUGGAAUGAUGUGUAAGCCUAAACCCUAAAGUUCAGUCUAAAGUGGGGAAAAAAAAUCCCUUAUGAACUCAAGUAGUCAUUCAUAUAAAUGUCAACCACCUGCUGUGCCUAGAAAGGAGUGUCUUUAUAUAAGAGUUGUAACUCUGAGAUAUGCUAAACCUACUUUCUCAAAUUUGUAAUUCCCAAAAUGUUGUUUUUACUAGGUGAAAAUUUAUCAGGUUUUGAGGGAAAAGAGAUUUUCAUGAUGUCACAAGAUUUGGUUAUAUCUUAAAAGUUUUUGAAAAGUCGAGUUUAUUUAAAUAAUGAGUAAUUGGCUAAUAGCAUUGGGAAUGUUUUAAUAAUGAACUUGAAUGAGGAAAGUUGACACCAUUUGAUCAUUUUCUGUAUUUUCAGCCAAAAAUAUCAUUGAUUAAUCAUAGUGAACUGAUUAAUGGAAAAACAUUCCCAUAACAAUUGGAACUUAUGCAACCUAUUCAUGAUCAAACCCAGUUACCUUAGGGUACCUUUCUGAAUUGGAUUACUGAUGUACAUUUUAUAAGAAUAAGACAAUUUUUUGAAAGUAUUUCAUUUUGAAUUGAGUUCUGUCAUUGAAGAACCUCAGAUGCUUUCUACUGUUUUGCAGUGAUAAUGUCAAGGCAAAUAAUUCAGUAACUUGAUUUAGAUACCACUAUUCCCUAGCUUCAUGGAACACUGAAGACUACUUUGCUAUAUAAUGAAAUAUAAACACAGACAUAGUUGUAAAAGUAGCCUGGUUAUGUUGAAAAUUUGGAUUCAGUUCUCUUCCAAGCUCUGUCCCUGGGAAUGUGGGAUUAUAUCCAUCUCCUCAAAAUUCUGCAUAUGCAUAGAAACUUCAUUUCUAUAACCAUAGGAACCUGGUAACUGUUGGCUGUAAUUGUGAAUAAGAUGCUGCUCAUUAAGCCAAAAGAAGAUAGUGACUUGUUGGCAGUGGAACACCCUGAAAAAAACUUUUUUUUCCCCCUUAGAGUGACAUUCCAUGGAUAUAGACAUUUUUUUUUUAAAAAAGUUAAUUCAGUAGAUAUGUGCCACUGUUACAGAACAUGAAUACAGAAUGAAAUGGAUGUUAUCCCAAGUUGAUUUCCUGUGUGUGGCCAACAAUUCAGCUAUUAGAUAGGUGCAGUUCUUUCCAUAAGCCAGACUCUGUUGGGACAGCUCCUAGGAAGGCCUCUCCCCUCAUUCCCUAUCCUUUCUAAUGCAGAAUCAUAGACUUGUACAACUAGAUGGUACCUUCAUUUUCUAACAUCUAUUUGCAACAAGAUAUCACUACUUUCUAUAGGAUCAUUCCUCAAUAUACACCCACGUAUUGGGAAUUGCCUAACAUUCAAAGUAGAGACGAAAUCCUGAGCAGCUCAGGAAAUCAUGCUUCAAACAGGAGUUAUUUUCUCUCAUAAAAUAUUUCCUAUUACAUCGAGGUAUUCUUGUUGAGAAAUGCUGAAAGCAAAUUUUAAUUGAUCUAGACCAUAGAAUGCCUUGAUGGGAGGGAGUAUUCCCAUUAUAUUCCUCCUACCCAUCAGAAGCAGGCAAUUUAUCACUGUGAAGUGUGUGUGUGUGUGUGUGGUGUGUGGUAUACAUAUAUUUUGUUGGGGGAGUGGUUCUGGGGAUUGAACCCACGGCCUUGUGCAUGUGAGGCAAGCACUCUACCAACUGAGCUAUAUCCCCAGCCGAAACUGGGCAUUUUUGUUUUGAAGUCACAGACUAGGGAGGAAUGAGAAGGGUCAAGUGGCUCUAGUCUGGUUGGGACCUAGCUGGCCAGAUGACAUGAAUCUUGUUACUGUUGUGGAAGAGAAUCAAGGGGGGUAAGGAAACAGAACAGGCCAGUCAGCCUCCUCACCCACAGUGGACAAUAUCUCAAGACCAGUGCAAUGGCAUUUUCCUUUCACGAUGUUAGGCCCGUUUUUUUGUUCCUCAGCCUUGACAAAUACUUAAAUGCAGAUCUGUUGUGUAUUUAAGAAAAUUUUUUCCUGUGUUAUCUGCGAAAACAAACAAAUGCCCCCACUGUAUUUUGUUCCAAAGAAAGAACUGUUAACAUUUACAGCCUGUCAUAUAUGUCAUGUUUCAAACUAAGGCUGAAACUUUCAGUGGCUAUGGGAAAAAAUGAUGUAAAACAAAAGUUUAUAGUGGUUUUUAAAAAUUGUUAGUACAUUGUUGUAUUGAGUAUACUAACUACCUGUAAUAGAGUAAAAAUAUUAGUAUAUUAGUUCUAAUCUCACUUUUGAUUUUGGGAGCCCAAAAUAAAGGCAGUGGUGUUUCAUGUUUAUAUCCUUUUUGGGUCAUAUGUUGAUACACUUGCGAGGCACGUUGUCUUCUAUUUAAUAUUUUUAUCACUUUGAGUUUGUGUUUCCUCCAAGCAUUAAACAUCGUUCUCAAUACUAUGGAUCUUAAGCUCCUUAUUUAAAAAUGAAAAUGUGACUACCUUGUUUAUCCUUUAUUUUCCUUUGUUGUGAUUGACUAAUAAAUUUUUAUGGUUCCUGAAAGAGUG